CCAAUCGGAAGAUUCUUGCACGAACCAUUUUUCAGUGGAAUUCGCAGACUUACGUGCGGAUUUUGUGGGGGCCAGUGCGGAAAUUAAAGGUGACACACGGUAAUUGGAGCACUGUGAAUCCAGCGACAACGAAACGCCGGCACCCCAACGACGGUAUUACUCAUCCGGAAGGCGAAACCAUCGAUUUGCAGCUCACACAAGGGCAAACAAAAGUGCUCACGCACAUACAACCAGAGCAGCCCCCAUCCCUCGUCUCCCACAAGCACACACACAAACAAACCCCAAAAAAGAAAUCCCACUCACACACACAGAGACGUCACGAUGACUGCGCCGAGACGCCUGAGAAAAGAAUUAAGCGAUUUGCAGGACAACACACUGAAGGCUUUCCGGGACAUCAAGGCGGACGAUGACAACCUGCUACGCUGGACGGGAUUGAUUGUGCCGGACAAUCCCCCUUACAACAAGGGUGCCUUCCGUAUCGAGAUCAACUUUCCGGCGGAGUAUCCUUUCAAACCGCCCAAGAUUAACUUCAAGACACGGAUCUAUCAUCCGAACAUCGACGAAAAGGGUCAGGUGUGUCUGCCCAUCAUCAGCACGGAAAACUGGAAACCGGCCACCCGAACCGAUCAAGUGGUGCAGGCACUGGUGGACCUGAUCAAUGACCCCGAACCAGAGCAUCCACUGCGGGCGGAGCUGGCCGAGGAGUUCCUCAAGGAUCGGAAGAAGUUCGUAAAGAAUGCCGAGGACUAUACCAAGAAGCACAGCGAAAAGCGUCCAGCGGAUUAGCGGAAUGGCAGAGAAGAAGGUGGACCACCCCACAGCCCAUGUAUACCCUCGUCCCCCUUAGUCUUGUGAUUUUUCAGUUAGUUAUUUAAUUUUCAUUUUUCGAACCCUCAAAAAAACAUUUAAGCAGAUUACCCCGGCAGAGUACCUAGUUUUGUAAAAGUAGCACUGUAAUUUUAUGCAAGUGAGAAAUACAUGUUCGUUAUGUUAAAACACA